UCCACCAUUGAAAAUUACUCUUCGGUUUGACGCGCUUGUGAACGGUUUUGUGCGGGGCCAGCGCAAAAAUAAAAAGUAUUAUUCGCGGUGUGUAGUGUAUGUGAGAGUGUAGUGAAUAAAUAAAUUAGUGAAAAUUCGUUUGGAAAUGGGCAACUUGGACGACGCCAGUGCCGGCUUUGAGCAGAGUUACGUCCACAGCAACGGGAACGGCAGCGUAAAAUCAAGCACUCCAAUUAGCAAUGGACACAUUCCGAAUCAUACGACAUUCGUGGAGCAGCGGCAGAAAAGUGAUGAGCAGCAGCAACAAAAUGGUGAGGAAACAGAGGAGCAACUGCUGCGACUAAAGGAACUCAAGUUUUCGGCACCGGCGUACACUGAAAUUCGCACACGUUCUGGAGGCCUUAAUUUCAAGAAUGCAGAGGAAGGCAGCUACCAUCCGGCAAAUGGACACGUGGAGAAGAGCGGUAAAAGAAGCGACAAGUUCAAGCCAAGCCAAGCGGACGGCAUUCUCUCUGCGGAGCAGGAACAUUACCAGAAGACCUCCUUCGAGGAUGUGCCGCUUCACACCGCCUGCCUGACCUAUCUCGGUUUCUAUCUCCUCAUGAUCCUCGGCUACAUCAAUCAGCUGCUCUUUGUGCCCAAGGUGGCCACCGAGAAGGCACGCGAUGGCUACGUGACGCUCUACGAUGCCUUCGAGAGCUUCUAUUCCCGCUACGUGUAUCGGAGAGUGAGGGAUUGCUGGAAUCGUCCCAUUUGCAGCGUGCCUGGCGACGAGUUGAUACUCAAGGAUCGCGUGACUGACGAUUAUGGUUGGAGUUUUCGAUUCACGGGCACCGAGACGCGUUGCUUGAACUUGGGUUCUUACAACUAUCUCGGUUUUGCCUCCGCCACGGGACGUUGUGCCGACGAAUCGGAGCAGCGUGCUCGGGAGAAAGGUUUGGCCUAUUGCAGCUCACGUUGUGAACUUGGCAACACGCAGUUGCACAUCGAUCUGGAACGCUUAACGGCGAGAUAUUGUGGCGUCGAGGAUGCCAUUGUCUUUGGCAUGGGAUUCGCCACGAAUGCUUUGAAUCUACCCGCUUUGCUUGGUCCCAAAUGUCUGGUGGUGAGCGAUGAAAAGAAUCACGCUUCGAUUAUCCUCGGACUGCGUUUGUCGGGGGCCACCACAAAAGUGUUUAAGCACAACAGCAUGAAGGAUCUGGAGCGUGUGCUGCGCAACGGCGUCUGCUAUGGCAACCCCAAGGAUGGGGGCAAACCCUACAAGAAGAUCCUCAUUUGCGUUGAGGGCAUUUUCAGCAUGGAAGGUUCGAUUGUCCGACUCCCCGAGAUCAUUGCGCUGAAGAAGAAGUACAAGGCGUAUUUGUACCUAGACGAGGCGCACAGCGUUGGCUCGAUGGGUCCGAACGGACGUGGAGUUGUCGACUACUUCAAGGCGGAUCCCAAGGAUGUGGACAUACUGAUGGGCACGUUCACCAAGAGCUUUGGCAGUGCCGGUGGCUACAUUGCAGGCACCAAGAAACUGAUUGACUAUCUGCGUGCCAAUAGCCACGCCCACUGCUACGCUGGCUCCAUUUCGCCGCCCAUUGUGCAACAGAUCUACACCUCGAUGAGCAUCAUCAUGGGCGACGAUGGCACCAACACCGGACGCAACAAGAUCCAACAGCUGGCCAGGAACACGCGCUAUUUCCGUCGACGUCUCGCCCAGAUUGGCGUCAUCACUUACGGCCAUGAGGAUUCGCCUGUGGUGCCCAUGUUGGUCUAUCUCUUCUCGAAGAUUGGUGCCGUCAUUCGCACGUUGACCACGCGUCACAUUGCCGUUGUGGGCGCUGGUUUCCCGGCCACGCCCAUCAUGGAGGGACGUAUUCGCUUCUGUUUGUCGGCCGCACACACCAAGGAGCAACUAGACUAUGCGCUGGACGUCAUCGACGAUGUGAGCGAGAACCUCGGCCUCAAGUAUUCCCGCAAACCGCGCGAUCCCAAUCCCAUUGAGUACUAAACUCUCUCGGUUCUUCAUUUCAUCAUAAAACACAUUAAAAACAACAACACACACACAACAAAGAAACAGAACUAGAACUUUAAUGAAACGUUAAUGUUAUAAAACUAUGGAUUCAAUAGAUACAUAUAUAAACACUUUAUUUAUAUAUAUAGAGAAACUGAAAAAGCUUUUUGUUGUACGCAAUUGUUGACUAAUAAUCCCCAAGGGAAUCUGCCUAAAUAGAUGAAAUAGAAUCGAAGCCGCACAACAACAUGCAAAGCUACUACUAAAUAAUGUAAUAUGAAUAAUGUAUUUAGCAUUUAACACAUUUUGCGUAGUUGUUAUUUUGUAAUUUGUAAUGUGUAAUGUCUCUUCAAAUGUCUUCUUCGGAGUUUUAAGUUCACACUUGAAGAGAAAGAGAGAGAAGGAAAGUGCUGUUGUGCAAGCAGUGCAGACAAGCAGUAGAAAGCAGCACACAUUGCAACCUUGCUUCUUUAAGCUCGCCAGUCCAAAACAACUACAGCAACAACUAAUAAUAAUAAUUAUAAAAUGAAACAACUGUUAACGCCUAUCUAUGACUCUGUAGUAGAGUGUAGACACACGAUACUUUACUGUGUAUUAAACAUAGAUAUACAUAUAUAUAUAUUUUAUUUUUCUAUCCAGAAUAAAACGUACAUUUUUUGGGCUUUAUAAUAACAUAAAACAAUAGAAGAACUCGAAUCUAGUUGCCUCUUUGAAUACUGAGAAAAAUGUUCUAUCUACAAAAUUUUCUAUUCAUCUUUUCACUGCGUUUUGGCUGUCGUCUCAUUGCUUAUACCGAGAUUUGUGCCUAUGGCUAUGGCGUCUAUUAUAUGUUUCGUGAAUUUGGUUUUAUUGAGCUCAUGGAAUCGAUGAUUAUCAUCUCCUUGGGCACCUCCUGUAUUCUGGCCAUAUUGAUGCUAGUCUCCACGCUGCAGGAACAUGAAUCAACUGGCAUUAUUUUCACGUAUCUCAUGUGGGGCAUUUUCACGACCAUUUUCCUGGCCAUCUUUUACAUUCUGAGCUAUACGAAUGGCAAAAUGAAAUCGGUACCGCUGUUUGUGGCACUCUUGGUGGGCACAACAAUUAUCAAGUGUUAUGCUUUGUUGGUUGUAUUGUCGUUUAUGCACAUGCUCGUUUCCUCCGACAGUGAUGAUUCCUCCUAAGAUAAGAUAAGAUAUAUUUUGUAAAACAUACAUUUCUUUAUUCCAUAUUUAUACAUAAAAAUUGGAAAAUAAAAUUCCAAUUCCAUUUCAAAUUU